AUGAUUCUAUUACUUUUUCUUUUACCAUCGAUUGUUUUUGGACAGUUCACAAAAUCCAUAAAAGUUGGGUUGCUCUUCUCAAAGGAUGCUCCUUCAGUAAUGAGAUCAAUAGGAUAUCGAACUUCAGCUUCGGCGGUUCUAGUAGCUAGAGAUCGGAUUAGAGCCGAACAUUUGUUGGACCAGUAUGAUUUCAACUUCACUGUAAAGUUUGAUGAAUGCUCGGAGAGUCUGUCUGCUGGCAAAACUGUAGAACUAAUCAAUCAAGAUGACGUUGAUGUGAUAAUUGGACCAACUUGUAAUCGUGCUGGAGUCUCCACGGCUUCUCUUGCUGCCUAUUAUAAUGUUCCAGUCUUUGAAUGGGGACUGACUACGACAGCGGACAUUGGAAACUUCAGUCGAUACCCAACCACAGUGACAGUAUCCUUGGAUACUCACAGUAUGGCAGUUGCUGUUCGAGAUGUUCUACAGAGAUUUGAUUGGGAAGAGUUUGUUUUCAUUUACUCGAACGACGGAGAUGAAGAAAAAUGUGCUUCAAUGAAAGAUGACAUGGAGAAGAUGUCCGUGGAGAAUGUGGAUGUCACUUUGGCAUAUAUGUAUCAGAUUCAAACAGUUACAAUGGAAUCUUUGAAAAAGGCAUUGAAGGAAGUUUCCAAGAGAGGAAGAAUUGUUGUGACUUGUUUCGCUGGAAGCAAAGGAUUCAAGAAAGCGUUUGUCGCUGCUACAGUACUGGCUGGAAUGUCCACUGAUGAGUACAUCUACAUAUUUGCAGAACCACAGUCCAGAGGAUUUUACGUCGAUGAAUCGAAUGGAGGUGUUCAUUACUCUUGGGACGAUAGUGAUGGAAAUUUUGUGACUGGACUCACGAACGAACAAAUUCGAGAAGCAUAUGGAAAGGUUUUGUACAUUUGUGAUAAUAUGGGAGAGCCACCAAUCAUCACAGCGCAGUAUGCCAAUUUCACAACCCAAGUUAUCAACAGAAUGUCGGAGCAGCCAUUCAAUUGUGUACAAGAUUGUGCUAACGCUACGUAUAAAGUUACUGCUACGUACGCUGGUCAACUAUUCGAUGCUUUUUACGCCUACGCAGUUGCUUUGAACAAGUCUCUGGCAAUGGAUCCAACAACGACAAACUUGAAGAAUGGAUCACUGAUUCUGAGUAACAUUGCAAUGACGUUCCAAGGAGUAGGUGGAAGUUCUGUGUCGCUUGAUGAAACUGGCAGUCGGAUUGCUCAAGUUUUCAUGUUCGCGAUGAAUUCCUCUCUGUUACCUUAUAUUGCUGCCGGACUUUUGGUAAAUGGUUCUAGAGUGAAUUACACUCCUUACUACAGUAGCGAAUCUGUGCUCUGGAAGGGCGGAGUCAAACCGUUAUCCCGACCGAUAUGUGGAUUCACUGGAACCGAAUGUCCACCAGAUUUUGUGAAAGACUAUCUUAUUUAUACAAUCAUUGCAGCCUUGAUUGUUAUUGCUGCUUUAUUGGCUGGAUGUACGGGGCUUCUUUAUACGAUUCACAUGAAAAAGAGAGAAACGGAACGUCAGGAUCUUCUCUGGCAAGUUCCGUUCAUUGAACUUCAACAAAUUCAAUCGAAAUCGAAAGCUGAAGCGAGCAUGCAUUCAUUUGCAAGUGGACCAUCUACAUCUACAAAGAUCACAAUUGAAAGUCGUUCCGAAACUACAAAUUUCAUUUUCUACUACCACAAACAGGAAAUCGUUGCUGCUAUGAAACACGAUUUGAUUCUUCUUUUUGACACAAAUGAGAAAUCUGAAUUCCGACAAAUGAGAAACUUUGACAAUGACAACCUCAACAAGUUCAUUGGACUUUGUCUGGAUGGACCACAACUGUUAUCACUCUGGAGGUUCUGCUCAAGAGGAUCACUUUCUGAUGUUAUUAGUAAAAGUUCGAUGCAAAUGGACAGCUUUUUCAUGUUCUCUUUGAUUCGAGAUAUUUCUAAUGGAUUAUCUUUUAUUCACAACUCAUUCCUGAAGUAUCAUGGUCACUUGACAUCACGAUGUUGUCUGAUUGAUGAUCGAUGGCAAGUCAAGAUAUCUGGAUAUGGAUUGAAAUCAGUUAGGACUUUUGAGAAUCCGAAGAAGGAAGAUUUGUUGUGGACAGCGCCAGAACAUUUGAGAAAUGAAAGCGGAGAAAAGACUUCCGAAGGAGAUAUUUAUAGUUUCGGAAUCAUCUGCUCCGAAAUUCUCACGAGAUCUUCUGCCUUCGACUUGGAAAACCGAAAAGAAAAACCGGAUGUAAUCAUUUAUCAAGUCAAAAAAGGAGGGCACAAUCCGAUGAGACCGUCUCUGGAAACAAGUGAAACUGUUGAAGUGAAUCCUGCAUUGCUCCAUUUGAUCCGUGAUUGUUGGACAGAAAGACCAUCAGAAAGACCGUCAAUUGAACAAGUACGAAGUCAUUUAAAUGGAAUGAGAGAUGGAAGAAAAUCAAAUUUGAUGGAUCACGUAUUCAACAUGCUGGAAACUUAUGCAUCAACUCUUGAGGAGGAAGUUUCAGACAGAACAAAAGAGUUGGUAGAGGAGAAAAAGAAAUCAGACGUUCUGUUGUACAGGAUGCUUCCAAAAAUGGUAGCCGACAAGCUGAAAGUUGGUCAAGCUGUGGAACCAGAAACAUUUGAGCAAGUUACGAUAUUCUUUUCGGAUGUAGUCCAGUUUACUACGCUAGCUGGAAAGUGUACCCCACUUCAAGUUGUAACCUUGCUUAACGAUUUGUAUACAAUUUUUGAUGGAAUUAUUGAACAAAAUGAUGUUUAUAAAGUGAGAGAACUCAUUACCCCAAAAUUCUUCAAAUUUCUAUAUCAGGUUGAAACAAUUGGUGAUGGAUACCUUUGCGUGUCCGGACUACCUCAUCGGAAUGGAAACGAACAUAUCCGGCAUAUUGCAAGAAUGGCUCUAGGAUUCCUAUCAAGUCUACAAUAUUUUCGAGUACAACACUUGCCUGCUGAAAGAAUCAAUUUAAGAAUUGGAAUCAAUUGUGGAUCCGUCGUGGCUGGUGUUGUAGGUCUCACAAUGCCGAGAUACUGUCUUUUUGGAGAUGCAGUGAACACUGCCAGUCGAAUGGAAAGCAAUGGAAAACCUGGACAAAUUCAUGUAACUGCUGAAGCGAACCGAAUGUUGACUCAAGUCGUCGGAGGAUUCAAAACAGAAUCCCGAGGAGAAGUGAUAAUAAAAGGAAAAGGAGUGAUGGAAACGUUCUGGUUGCUCGGCGAAGAUUCCGGAAUAAGUGUUUCAACACAGAGGAAAAAGACGCCGCCGGAGCCACCACGACGACAAUCUGUUCGGAGCAUCUCACCGAUAGUUGAGAAAAACGCGGAAGAAGAUUCAGCCAAGGGAUUGUACUCGGAGUACAAGGAUAUUAAUAAUGUGAAUGGUUAA